CAGACAGCGCGCGGACCCCAUGAUGAACCCGCCAAUUCGAGGGACGGAUUCGUACCACGUGGUCUGCCGUCAGCGCGACUUUGUUUUUAACAUCAGGUUGCCUGUCAUCGCCUCUAUAGUAACGGUACCGAGGCUGAGCGGCGAGCUCCGGACACCUGUGGCGGAUUUUUUCUAGAAGAACUUUACCGCUUCGAAAACACCUGAAAAUGUUCAACAGCAGUCUCAGGGAGUUUGAUGAAGAUCCGUUCGCCUCCGAAUAUUGAGACACACUUUGUCUUUACUACUUCUUCCUUUCCCACAGGGAUCCUUUCCGUGCACAUAGGGAGCAUAUGCGGCAGAUGAUGCGUAGCUUCUCCGAGCCUUUCGGUGGGGCCCUUAUGCCAAGUCUAAUGGAUGGGAGAAACCGUGGCCACGAGAUGGUAGAACAUCCCAGUUCAUCCCAUCCACUGAGAAACGAACACAGGGAUAUGAGCCGGUCGUUGUUGCCAUUUGGUGGGAUUGACAGUACGGACUUGAUGAGAAACCCUUUCGGUGUGUUUGACAACAUGAUGGCCAGCAUGAGAAGUAGGAUGGAGGGAAUGCACAGAAACCUUGAGUCCGCAGAUUCAAACACCCACUCAUUUCGCUCCUCAUCAGUAAUGACAUAUUCAAAGGUUGGAAAUGAGCCUCCCAAGGUCUACCAAGCAACGUCGUCAACACGCUGUGCCCCAGGAGGGAUCAAGGAGACCCGGCAAGCAAUCAGAGACUCUGAGAGUGGUCUCGAGAAGAUGAAAAUCGGACACCACAUCCAGGACAGGGGGCAUGUUGUUGAGAAGAAAUACAACAAGAAAACAGGAGAGAAGGAGUUCAACCAGGACUUUCAAAAUAUGGAUGAAUCUGAAGCACAGUCUUUUGAUGAUGAGUGGCAGCAGGAAGUGUCCAAGUUUCAGCAAACCGGGCCCAUGUCUCGCUUGAACGAACCACAACCCCGUGUUGUUCACCAGGCAGCCCUCACCGGUCCUGAGCAGGACCACAGAGACCAACCAGGGAGCAAGGCUAAAGGAAAACAGAAAAAGUGAGAGCUCAGGGACGACGAAGCAGUGUGCAAUAAAGUUGUUUGUUUUUAAACAGCAUACAGUACAAACUGGUGCCCUUCUUACCCAUAAACACAGUCAGACCACUGACCUGGAUUUUAAAAGGUCAAGCUGUGUCUGGUUUUUCAAUAUUUUGGCUCGGUUACUUACGUUUCACACUACUGCUGCACAUUUUCUGAAACAUGCUGCACAACUAUGAGAAUGCUAAACAUUUUUCAGCACUUAGUUUGAAUCGGUGCACUAUUUGCUACACAUAAAUGGUAAGGCGUUUGGCACUACACGAGACAAAAGAAUUAUUAAAAACUAGAAAAUGUUUAUAUCUCUGGGGCAUUAAUGAUAUAGAAAUGUAAUGCAUUGAAGUUGCAAAAGCAGUUAUAGUGCACUUUGAAUAUGCUUGGUUUCAUUAUAUUUUUUUUCCUUGAGGAUGUAGUGAUGUCAUCAUAUUGGGGUAACACAUUCAAAACGCAGUUGAUUUCAUCAGUUUCUCGUAUUGUCUUUUUUAAUAUUGUCAUGCAGCCAGACCGGAGAGAACAUAGUGAAGUACUGAGCUGUGUGGAAUGCGCUAAUGCACUUAGAUCAUACCUGUUUUGUCUGAGAUUAUGUUGUCUUGUACCUGAUGCGACAGAUAUGUACUUUAUCUGCUGUAAUCUAUGUAAAAAGAACUAUUACCCUUCUCUUUUUAUAUUGUUAAUUUGGUGUUGUCUCGCUUUUCAUCUGAUGAACUCCGUUCUGCAUUGCACAAACUGUCGACGUGUGUAUUUUUCUCAGUGAUUUGUGUAUUUUUACGAGCUUUAACAGUGAAGAAAAUGUAUCAACUGAAAAUAAAAGUGAUAAGACUAA